CGUAACUGACAGAGCAAGACACUGUCAGAACUCACAAUUACUUUUUUUUUAAGUUUACUAAUGUAAUUUACUAACAAUUCUCUAGUGAGAACGAAAUUAAAAGUGCUUUAUGUCGAUCGAUUGUGCCGGGGAGUUUCUAUGGAGAGUGAUUAAACUAUCCGAUAUUGGUAGCUGGUCGGGUGGGAAGGUCAGGGUGUAGAAGAAUGUCAACAAGUCGCGAGCUAAUCUAAAAUUAUCAUCAAUCAUUAUAAUCUAGCACAUAAAUUGAAUUCGCGAACGGCACACGGCAGCUCGGGCUGUAUCAACAGCGAAAUCAUGUAGAAACAAAGGCGUUUCCAAACAGAUUUGGUAUUGGAAAAAUGUCCUGCGAACCACCUGUUAGCGGUCGUGUGAGUGCAAUCAAAUCGCAGUUCGAGAGCCUGAGUAGCGUGGAAUCACUUGACAUAAGUGGAAUUCGAUCAAAAAAACCGUCGGUCCGGUUUCAGUUUCAGCGUGCAGCUACUUCCUUUGAUCUCACAAAUCGACAUGACAAAAUAAAGGAUGUUGUGAAAACCUGGUCGUCGCAGCCGAAAAAUGAAGUUCCCAAACAACACAGUGAUUCUGCCUUGUUAGAACAACACCGGCGCGUAUCUAAGCAACCGGUAAAUUCUAAUCGACCGGCGUUGAAACGCUGCUCCAAGGAAACGACUGAAGUGAAGCUCUCAAGACAUACCAGCGAUCCAGUGAAGCGGAGCAGCAUCAAGAGAAGUCCGGCAUUUCGUGUCGGCGAGAAACAAAAUAAAGCGAUACUCAUCAAGCAGACGUCACUCACUGAAGAUAAGACGGUAGAAGAUACAAAGUUCGAAAAGUUUCUCGCGCGAAAUUACAGUAAAACGAAUAUGGAACGUUUCCAGCAGGCUGGAUUGUCCGAUUCGCUGAAGGCAGCGCUUCGUCAACCGCUACCGGUUGGACCCCCGCCCAAAAAGCCACCCCGGACAUUUUGUGGCUCACCAACUUCUGUUCCUGAGGAGAAAGCCCUUUUCGAUUCCGGGGAUGGGCACGAUCCAAGUGACUCAGCAACAAGCGGCGUUCAUAUCCAGGAAAGGAUAAAUUUUCUUGAAACAAAUCUAGCCAUGAAGAGCGGACCGAAAACUCAUCUUCCGGCGGUUAAGUUUCGAACUCCACUUCAGAAAUCGAAGACUGAAUUAGUGUUGCAGGGCACAAAGUUCCUGAAUUGUAUUUCGUGUCUUCGGGAUUCGACGCCAGUGUACGAUUCAGUGGGCGCGUACGAGAACGAAUCGAAGCCUUUAAUACUGCAAAAAUCCAGAACGACAUGUUUGACAGGAAAACCACAUGAACCUAUUUACAUGGAACCUUUCGGUCAUCUCAAAUCGAAUAAUCGACAGAUUUCCAGAUGCUCAAACUUUACUAAGGAGACUGAAAAUGUCAAUACGAACACUAACGAUAAAAAGAUCUCGAACGGAAACUCGGUAGCUUCUUGCAGUUGCCCGGAAAAUCACAAGUCAACCGAUUCACAUUAUUUGUGUACGGCAAUCAAAGAAAACAGCGGCGAUGCGGAUAGCGCAGAAAAAGAAGCAAGUUUCUCACUAGAGAAAACGUACGAUGAGAUUAGCAUUUUAUUGAAUGCAGCUUUUCAACAAAAAAUCCCCGGAAACGAUUGCAGUACUAUGAAUAGUAAAGAUAACAAUAGUGAUGAUAAUGAAAUUCGUAGUUCGACUAGGUUAUCGCGUUCGAUGACUGAAAAGCGAAAGGAUUAUGUGAGACGAGUCUCGUGUGUACCUAACCGCCAAAUUAACAACUAUGGAACAGUCCACCGAACGUUCAAACCAACAAAUAGUAAGGCUUCCACUAAUAUUAAUGAUAGUAAAAAUAAUAACGAACCGGCCACCGAACUUUUUUACGAAAACAUCAUUAAAACCAGUGAUAGAAUUAACAAAUACAACCAGUUGGUUGAGAAGAGCAGCAAAAGUUCGCCCUUACUAGCAAAGAAACACGAGGAUAGGCAAGUUCAGUCAGCUGAAGAAGAGGAUAUAUACGAAAUUGGCAUGAGUGAAAAUGACAAUACUCCAAAAUUGUUUCAAGUUUGCAUACUGGUGGGUUAUAAUACUAGUACAGGCAGUGCAUAUGUUAAGCUGAAAUUCCCGCCAAAUGAACCAACUCCGGAAAAUAUCGAGCAAUUGGUUUUCCCAAGUAGCGAGCUUAUUAAAUCUGGAAAAGAGAACCAAGAAUAUUGUUUGAUAUUAACCGAUGACAACGGGGUGAAAUUCUACGGCUUUUGCAGACGAGUUUUGCCCGAAAACUCGGAGAUGUGUCUUCCAAUGGCGUAUUGUAUAGUGAGUGCAACGAAAGCUUUAGGAUUUUACCAAAAAAUAUUAAAAGAAAUAGAAUCUCGACACGGACAAAGUGAAGCUCAGUUAAUGAUAAUGUUACACAACAUUCAAGCAACCAAAAUUCCAAGUGCUGGCAAAUAUUUACACGUAAAGCUACCACUAUCCAUCCGACCAAAAACCCUCUUUUCGUCUAAUCAUAAAAUAUCGCCAAAGCGACUAAGUUUAGAAGCUAAUCCAAAGUGGUUGACAGAGUCUGCGACACAAGCUGCUUUCGCCGACUCAGAUUUCGAUUCACCGAAGUCGACAAAACGACACUCUGGAGUGAAAUCGUUAAUGGAAGAAUUCGAAGACAAAAAACAUCAACAGGCUCCUUUCGAUUUGAGCCUUAUAAACAGAAGUCUUAUUGCUCGUGAUCCCAGAUUCGAUGAAAUUCUGAUUCGUCGCCCCAACGACAUCCGGUUGGAGAACACCGAGCUUAGCGAUAUAUUAGAAUGUCUUGGGCCGGAGCUGUUAAUAAAUGUUUUUGCGAGUUUAUUGCACGAACGAAAGGUUAUUUUACAAGGGAAAAAUAUGAGUUUGAUUUCUAAAGCGAUAUUGGCCCUCGACACGAUUUUAUAUCCAUUUCAAUGGCAGUAUACGAUCGUUACAAUAUUACCACAGAGCUUAGUCGAAAUAUGUCAGGCUCCGUUUCCUGUUCUAGCUGGCGUUCUUGAGAAAAUCUCUUUCGAAAUUGAAGACGGUAUUCUUAUUGAUAUGGAUUCAAAGCAGAUUGUGCAGUGCUGUGGCGACGAACAAAUGAUUAUUCCGGAAUCGCUGCGAAAGUCUCUACAAUUAUCUUUGGAAAUGGUUGAUCUCAUCGAUCAGGGUAAAAUGCUUUCGAGCGUUCUGAUAAGUGAAUCUUUUCUGAGAUUUUUUGUGGAACUAUUCGCGAAUAUUAAUCUAAAACGAUUUCACAAAGAUGACUUUAUUCAAUCGCAUCACGAACAAACUAUAAAAUUUUUUCUCGAAUGGUUUUUAGAGACUUCAAUGUUUCGUCACUUUUACAAUGCUCGAUAUGAAGAUAGGACCUCCGAGGACGUUGAAUGUGAUAAUUUUUAUAUUCUUUUUGACGCACGAGUAAUGGAAAAGAGUGAGAAUUCAGUGAAAACAUCACAAAAUAUUGAAACCAUCGUGAAGAAUUCAAAAAUCAUCAAUAAGAAAGGAAAAACGUUUAGGGAUAGAUUCAAACAUUUUUUGAGCUGAAUACAUAUAAUAUUUUAGAUAUUAAGACGUAGCCGAUCAUUGAUUUGCAUUACACGAGCUAGAUGAAGUGAAUGAUUGUGGGAAAAAGUUUAUUUAUGUAAACGUAAUAUAUGAUAUUAGGAAUUAGUUGGGAUGUAUUCGGUGAUUGGCAAAGCUGCUGCAUUUAUAAAAAACUACUGAACGUCUCGAGAAUACUGAGUCUGACAAGUUUUAGUCACUUAUGUACAUUGCAUGAUUGGUGUAUUGCAGAUGGAUGGUUACAACUCGUGAUCGGUUAAGCUCUCUUUUUGACAAACGUGUUUGCAUAUUUUAUACUAAAGAAUCAGUAGUGCCUUAUUUAUGCCGCUCAUAUACUAAAUUGUCUCUAGUAGAUGAUCACUCGCCAUAGAACUUGUUUUUUGUUAAAAUCGGUAGUCUUCCAGUGCGCUUUACAAUGCAUUUGGUUCGAUUUUAAUUCUUAUUAGUAAUAUAUGUAUCAUAAGCAAUUUAAUUAGUUUCACCAGUCAUACCUGUUUUAUUGUUAAAUCCCGUCUCUAAUCCAGUGAUUUAUUGAAGCUAUUUGUACCCUUCGCAGCUCGGGCAAUAGAGGACAAGAUAAUGGUUUGCAAAUCUAUUUAAAGAACUACUAUUAACUUUCUUAGGCAAUUGAUUGCAUUUCUUUCUACUGACGAAUCACAUCUUGCUUUUGUAGUAAUAUAAGGUACAAAGCAAUAAUACAAACUUUUUCUUUUAAAUAUUUAUGGACAUUGUAUACAAACCUUUACAAAAAUAAAGUUUUGUUUGAAGAAAUAAA